AUGGCCUAUUGCGUGCAGGCUCCCGAGUAUAUGACAACCUGUAAAGAACCACGGGGUUUCAGACGAGUGGCCCAGUGGUACAUUUACCCGGCUGCGAUGGUUGUUCUGCUGGGCCUGUGCUGGGAUAUUCUUCCUGGCAUUGUCUUCAAGCCUGGACGUCCAGAGCCUACAAGAACCACCAGGCUCAGGUCGCCCAAUAUCUGGGUUGACGUGCUGUGUGGGGCAGGAGUGCCGGUCUUUGGUGAAGAAAUGUCAUCUCUGUGUCCUCGUGGGAGAAAAACAAAGAUGCACAACAACAACGGAGGAUAA